CUUUCCACUGGAGCGGCCGGUGUGAGCAGAUAUCACAGGAGUGCACACCACGUAGCCCAGCGCCUGAGAACAGAAAUAAAGAUGCCCCCCAAAAAGGGAGAAGCUCCGAAACAAAUCCCCUUAAUUGGACGAUUUGGAACGUCUCUGAAAAUUGGCAUUGUGGGAUUACCUAAUGUUGGGAAAUCCACCUUUUUCAACGUGUUGACCAAAAGCCAGGCAGCCGCAGAGAACUUCCCAUUCUGCACAAUUGACCCAAAUGAGAGCAGAGUACCAGUGCCUGACGAGCGCUAUGAUUUCCUCUGUCAGUACCAUAAACCAGCCAGCAAGGUUCCUGCUUUCCUAAACGUUGUGGACAUUGCUGGUCUGGUGAAGGGAGCUCACUCAGGACAAGGACUUGGGAACGCCUUCCUCUCCCACAUCAGCGCUUGUGAUGGCAUCUUCCACAUGACCCGUGCGUUUGAUGACGAGGACAUUAUUCACGUGGAGGGAAAUGUCGACCCGGUGAGGGACAUCGAGAUCAUCCACGAGGAGCUGCGACUAAAGGACGAGGAAAUGAUCGAUCCGAUCCUCGACAAACUGGAGAAAACGGCAGUCAGAGGAGGUGACAAGAAGCUCAAACCUGAAUAUGAUAUCAUGCUGAAGAUAAAGAACUGGAUAGUGGACGAGAAGAAACACGUCAGAUUUUACCAUGACUGGAAUGACAAAGAGAUUGAGGUGUUGAACAAAUACCUGUUUCUGACAUCUAAGCCCAUGAUCUACCUGGUCAACCUCUCAGAGAAGGAUUACAUCAGAAAAAAGAACAAGUGGUUGGCCAAAAUCAAGGAGUGGGUCGAUGCCCACGACCCCGGUGCUCUGGUCAUUCCCCUGAGUGGAGCAGUUGAGGCCAAAAUGCAAGACAUGGAGGAAGAGGAGAUGAAGAAGUAUUGUGAGGAACAGAAGACACAGAGUGUUUUAACCAAAAUAAUAAAGACCGGCUAUGCAGCACUACAGCUGGAAUACUUCUUCACGGCAGGACCAGACGAGGUGCGAGCGUGGACCAUGAGGAAAGGUACCAGGGCUCCACAAGCUGCAGGAAAGAUCCACACUGACUUUGAGAAAGGCUUCAUCAUGGCCGAGGUGAUGAAGUUCAAUGACUUCAAAGAGGAGGGCAGUGAAAAUGCAGCUAAGUCUGCUGGGAAAUACAGACAACAGGGCAGGAACUACGUCGUGGAGGAUGGGGACAUUAUAUUCUUCAAAUUCAACACACCCAAUGCACCCAAAAAGAAAUAAUGAGACCAUGCAGUCGCCAGAGGGAAAAGUCAGAGUACAUUUUUUGUCAGGCCCCUGAGAGCAACAUGUCUGCUGGUUUUUGUACUUCUCUCUUGAAUUCAGAGGAACAAUCUGCUGCCUGGUUGGCUAGAAGUAUUUAUAUCAACUGGCCUCCCAGACUUGGACCAGAAUCUAUUAAAAUAAUUACAUAAUUACAUUUCUAUACAUUCCCAUUUGUAAUAUUUUGAGCAACAUUUCAAAUGGCACCAACUUACACUGCAAGUCAAAUCUUUUUGAACACUAUAUUCAAACAGUCAUUGCCUCCAGAAAGAAUAGGCAUCAUUUUUAUUUUAUUGGGAACGAUCCAAUCAGGAGACUGUUACAGACCACAAAUUGUAUAUUUCUUUUGUAAUUGAUGUGAGCACAGUCUUAAUCAGGCCUAUUGUGAUCAGAGCUUGUAUUCUUUUCGAGAUGCUUUUUGAUAAUUAAAACCACGAAUGCACAAAAAUGCUUUAUCUGAAACAAUCAUUUAGAUUUCUCUGAGAAAUUAGAGCUUGCCUUUUCGGUCAUGAGUUGACGAUUACCGCUGUGAUGACUGCUGAUUAAUUUCCAAGCGCUCUGAUCGUACCAAGACUGGUAAUUAAGGCUUUAUUGAAGGCAGGUGAGCUGGAUCGUUACCAGCCUUUGUAACAUUAGCGUGAGUAAUUGCAGGUGCCUAAUUCAUCAAUAAAUUCGAGUUCAUGUUCAGUUACUUUUUUGAAAUUUAAAAGUGCAUUUACACAUUUUCCUGAAUUUUUAUUUUUAUGGUAUCUAAUGUAAUGUUAUAAUGACAUUACUAAGAUUUUACCAAAAAAAAAAAAGUAUAUAUAGGUUGUUCAAAAACGUUUGGACUUGUCAGUGUAUGAACAUUUUAAGAGAGAAUGAAAGCCGUCACUCAUUGUUGCGCCUCGGGGUAGGACAGCUGUACUCUGAGCAGGGGGGAUGUUGUUAUUUUUAGAAAGAGCAGAAAAAGGCAGGCCUCCUCAACAGUGCCUGAUCAGACACCUGAACAGAGAAUGUUGUUAUACACGCUGCUUUUAUUGACUUUGUUUGAGCUGGUUAAAAGAAAAAAAGAAAACAAAAAGACUGUUCUUCUCGCUAUGAGCUCCACCCUACGUAAUAAGAGAACGCUUCAUUGUGAAUCUGAAAAGCUACGGUUUGCUCGGGAUCAUCUGGACUAUACAGCUUCAUCUUCACCUCUCCUCACCACCUCCACCUCCACAGUGUGAACAUCUUUCUUUUCGAGACCUCUUACCGUCCCGUAACCAGACAUUUUGCCAAAUUGGGGAUAUAGAAAUCCUGCCCACCUAAUGAACUAGAAAGAGUUUUUAAGGAAUGAGGUACAAUAUGUUAAAUAUGCUACUAUAAGGGAGCCAGAAGCUAAUAAAUGUCACCCUCACCAAUAUGCAUGUGUCAAUAAAAGGAGACAAACCUCUGC